AUGCAACCUAUAGAAAGCACACAAGGGGAAAACCAAACAGUUGUCACUGUUUUCAUCCUCCUAGGAUUCGGAGAUCUCCCACAACUUCACAUCCUUCUCUUCCUAGUGUUUCUAGCCAUCUACAUCAUGACCAUGUCGGGGAAUAUCCUCAUCAUUGUGCUCCUUCUGACUGAUCAACACCUUCAGACUCCCAUGUAUUUCUUCCUGGGUAACCUGUCAUUCCUGGAGAUCUGUUACAUCUCAAACAUUAUCCCUCGGAUGUUGGGCAGCUUUCUGACGGGAGACAAAACCAUUUCCAUUACUGGCUGCAUGACUCAGAUGUAUACAUUUGGUACCUUGUCAGCAUCAGAAUGUUAUCUAUUAGCUCUGAUGUCUUAUGACAGGUACAUAGCAAUAUGCAAACCACUGCAUUAUUCUGUUCUUAUGAAUCUGAGAAUCUCCAUCCUGCUAGCUACAUGCUGUUGGGUAAGUGGGUUUACAAGCAGCAUGGUAGUCAUGGCAUUCGCAUCCAGCUGGUCCUUUUGCAAAUCCAAUGAAAUUGAUCAUUUCUUCUGUGAUUUACCAUCCUUGACAGAACUCUCUUGCAGUGACACAAGGCUUGCAGAAUUGGCUCUUACAGUGGUGUGUGGCAUUAUAUCCAUGUUUCCCACAGUCUUAACCUUAACCUCCUAUAUUUGUAUCAUUUCCAUUAUACUGAAAAUUCCAACUACAACAGGGAAGCAAAAAGCCUUUUCCACCUGCUCAUCUCAUCUUAUUGUUGUGACUGUAUUUUAUGGAAGUAUCUUUGCUGUUUACAUGGUUCCUUCUGCUGAUCAUUCCAAGAACAUGAAAAAAACAUUUUCCGUCUUCUACACUGCUGUGACUCCACUGUUCAAUCCUCUCAUCUAUACCUUAAGGAAUAAAGAGGUAAUCAGGGCUUUGAGGAAAUGUUUGGGUAAACCAAUCUCUUUUACAAGGUUACAAAUCGAUCAUUUCAUACAUAUGUAUCAAAAGCCAAAUUCCUGUUGA